CAGCUGAUUGCGGCCAUAUUUAGGACAUUUUAAGUUGCCGCACAGCUUGCACAACAGUUUUUUUUUUCGCUGUCAAUAAUAAAUUUACAACAAUUAACUAACAAAAUGCGUCUCACCGAAGUGCUGUUCAAAAAGGUCAAGAGCAAACGCAUUAUGGUGUUGAUGGAGAGCGUGGUCAGUGGCCAUCAAUUCAACACGUUUCGCGAUCGUCUCGCCGACAAAAUCGAAUUAAUUAAAUUCGAUCCGUACAUUCAGAAGGAGAGUUUAUAUCGCGAACGCAAGCGAAUUCGCAGCGCUUAAAAGUUGAGGAAAAUAUCGCUUCCACUUUGUAUGGCAACUGAAAGAAAGCAUUUUCCUCUGUUAACUUUUCCUUAUU